AUGGACUCAGAAUUGCCUAAACGAUUAUGCAAAGAAGGAACAGAACCACAAGUGGAGAAGAUUAACAAAUGUUCGAAAUUGUCGAUCCUCAAGGUUUUGAAGGCUCAUAUGGAAACUGAGUUGAACGAUGUUAAGAAGGAUCCCAUUUUUGCUCAUAUCCUUGCGAUAUACGAGAAUCGUUUGGGAUUUUCAAGGACAUUGAUUCACAGCUUCAUGUGUAGGCAGCUUCUUACAUACAAAAACAUGAACUCUGGUUUGUGUUUGCUAGGAGGCCGUUGCGUUUUUCUUUGCAAGAGUUCCAUGCGGUCACCGGCCUCAAGUGACGACGAUGGCAACAACGAAGUUGAGAAAUGGGAUGAUGAUGGAGGUUUUUGGAGUAAGUUGCUAAAGAAAAAAGGGAAGAUUUCGAUGACAAUGAUAAGGGAGAGGCAUGUACUACAGGCUCACAAGUGGACUCGAGUGGACAGAUUGACACUGGUAUAUGUAUCUGUUAUUGCUGGUGUGUUGUUGGCAGUAGAUGAGAAGACUGCUAUAUCACAUGAUUACAUCAAACUCGUAAUGGAUUUUGAGAAGCUAAGAGCUUAUCCAUGGGGUCUUCACUCUUUCGAUCAUUUAGUCAACGGGGUCGUCAAAGCAAGGGCAGAUUUAUGGAAGCCUAAGAGCUACGUUUUGGAAGGAUUCUCAUAUGCUCUACAGAUUUGGAUUAUGGAGGCUAUUCCAGACUUAGGAGUCUCGUUGGGGAAGAAGCUGAAUGAGAUUUCCAUUGUAACUCCUCGGUGUUCUAACUGA